CCAUCCACUUGAGUUAUAUUCUGUCAUACAAGACAUGGCAAGACUUUGUUGCUUGGCACCAUUUUUGCUUGUGUUUUUUGCCCUGUUUUUACAAACCUCUGAAUCCACUUUGAGUAAAGUCAUCUCUCAGAGUUACAGAGCCACUGGAGUCUUCCUGCUUAUUGAAGGAGAAACCUACACCUUGAACUUCACCUCUGCCAGUGAUGCCUGUCUUUCUCUGAAUGUCACCAUAGCGUCCGAAAUCCAGAUGACAAAAGCGGUACAGGAUGGACUGGAGACAUGCAAAUAUGGCUGGAUAGCCGAGCAGACUGCAGUCAUCCCACGAAUUUCAUCCACAAAGAAUUGUGGCGCGGGCAAAACGGGGCUGGUGAAAUGGAAAGCACCAGCAAAUAAACUGUUUGGUGUCUUCUGCUUCAACGCAUCUGCACUAACAGAUUUGGAGACAACAGCCAGCCCACAAUCCUCCACGUCUUCAACGCCGCCGACAGCUCUAACUCGAACCUCAACAUCUUCCACACCUUCGGUCGCAUCAACAACUAAGCCCAUGUCCUCAACAAAAAAGCCAAUAACAACAAAACCUCCUCAGUCGACACCCUCAGCGUCAGCUUCUGCUGUCCCCAUCGAGACAUCGCAGUCAGCUGGGAUUUCCUCUUCUCCCCCCCCUUCUCUUACAACUUUCUCAACCCCUGUUCCUGUCUCUUUGCCUCCCCUAACCACAUCCUCUGCUCUCACUUUUAUCUUUACUGCUUCCACUCAUGCCUUUAAUUUCCCUGUUUCCUCUGAGUCACUGCUGCCACAGCCUGAAAGCACUGCUAAACCUUCUCUAGAAGGUUUAGAUACAGCACUUAUCAUUCUUGGCAUCGUUCUCCUGCUCCUGACAACAGCAAGCAUUAUGUGGUACUAUAAAUUCUAUGUUUUCAGCUGCUUGUAUCAGGGGCAGCAGAUGGAUGAGAUGGAGACAGAGAUGUGGAAGUGCACUGACAGUGAGAUGGGCCUACACAACCAGUAUGGACAAGAAGAUGAUGAUGAAGAGGAAGAAUCAUACAGGAAGUACUCCAGUGAUAUAAUGCUGUGUGUGAAGCCAGAUAUGAAAGCAAACUCUUCAGAGUAGUAUGGCGAUUCUGUGCAGGUUUUUGUAGGAGCAACUGUGUUACCUGAUAAAUAUGAGAUUAGAAGAUGAUUUAGAUUAUAAAUUCUUUGGCGGGUUUGUUGUACUGAUCAAAGUCAUUGUUAAUAUAUGCGCAGAUGCCAGGAGCAGACACAAUCUGUUGCAGAAGUCGUGUUCUUCUCCUGGCUGAAGACAGCUCUGUGUAACUCUGGCUCUAUGUUUAGGCUUGUUGUCAUGCAGCAGAAUGAAUUUGGAGCAGAUGCUUUUCUCAUGGUGCUGUGCACUGGAAAAAUAAAAUGCAAACAUCAUAAUUUGCCAAAAUAUUUUGGACACUAAUCUUGUUUAAAAAAAAAAUUACAUUUAUGAUGUGUAUUAGGGACAACGGAGACUAACAAACAACUGAAGGACCGCAAGCUUUCAAAGUAAUGCUAUAACUAUAA